AUGUAUGAAGCUGAAUACCUCAGGCAGCAGGCAAAAAUCGACUACCCAUCAAUCUUCGAGAUUGAUACAAAUCUCGUCCUGGCACGCAAAGGAUCUACUGACUGUCGGCUAAGGAGUAAGACAUGGGACAUGUUACUCGCCCAAAAUAUCAAUACCACUCCAGUUGGUAUUAUGCUACAGUGGGGAAAACCUGUACAGUACCUCACCCUUGCAUUAGUUGAGACACUGGGGUCCUGGGAAGCCAUCCCAGACCAUGUAAACGUGAUGGCUGCGAAGAAGAUUAUUUGGUGCCGGUUUAUCUUCCGUGCAUGGCAAGGCCAUAGAGUCUCCCAUAAUGACGGUGUGAUUAAGAAACAUCGCGUAUUCAUAGAAGCUUUGAAGAAGGUUAGGAAGUAG